CAAAAAAGUAAAUACAUUACAGAAAAAAUUCAAAAACUGAAAUAAUUUUCAACUCACUGUCGCUGUCAACGUCAACGUCGCUGCUAAAGUCGCUGCCAACGUCGCUGUCAACGGUGCACUGGAGGUUCUACGACAGCAAACCCGUUCAAUUGCCGCUCUCAAGAGGAAAUCUCAACUCAAGACGACGGAAAAAAGUUGCACUUUGUGAGCCCCGCACGAAGGAAAUCGGUUCUGGCGCCCAUCCUCAAUAAGAUCAAGAAUGGAGCGGAUGCCUCGGAGAACGCUGACAAGAAAUUGGGCAGCGAGUGCAGUGGCAGCGGUCACAUAGCAGUCCAGAUCGAGCCAGCCAGGCGUGUCAAGCGUCACAGCAUUCACGGCAUGAUGGAGGAGGAGAACACCAUCCGACCGCAUCAGGAGAUUCGACAGCUGACGCUGGAGGAGAAGAAGUUCCUGCUGGCCGUGGAGCGUGGCGAUAUGGCUGGCACUCGUAGGAUGCUGCAGAAGGCACAGGACACGGACUACAUCAAUGUGAACUGCGUGGAUCCGCUGGGACGCACCGCCCUGCUGAUGGCCAUCGACAAUGAGAAUCUGGAGAUGGUCGAGCUGCUGAUCAACUACAAUGUGGACACGAAGGAUGCACUGCUGCACUCCAUCUCCGAGGAGUUUGUGGAGGCUGUGGAGGUGCUGCUGGAUCACGAGAAUGUCACCUUUCACAACGAAGGGAAUCAUAGCUGGGAGUCUGCCUCGGAGGACACUUCCACAUUUACGCCGGACAUUACACCACUGAUACUGGCUGCCCAUCGGGACAACUAUGAGAUUAUCAAGAUUCUGUUGGAUCGUGGCGCCGUCCUGCCCAUGCCCCAUGAUGUGCGCUGUGGCUGCGAUGAGUGUGUCCAGUCCCGGCAGGAGGACUCUCUCAGGCACUCGCGUUCGCGCAUCAAUGCGUACAGAGCGCUGGCUAGUCCCAGUCUCAUAGCACUCUCCUCCAAGGAUCCUAUACUCACGGCCUUUGAGCUGUCCUGGGAGCUGCGGCGUCUCAGUUUCCUCGAGCACGAAUUUAAGAAUGAAUACCAGGAGCUGCGUAAACAGUGCCAGGACUUUGCCACUGCACUGCUGGACCACACACGCACCUCCCAUGAGCUGGAGAUAUUGCUUAAUCACGAUCCCACCGGUCCGAUAUACGAACAUGGUGAACGCAUGCAUUUAAAUCGCCUCAAGCUGGCCAUCAAGCUGCGCCAGAAAAAGUUUGUCGCCCACUCGAAUGUGCAGCAAUUGCUGGCGAGCAUUUGGUACGAGGGUCUGCCCGGAUUCAGGCGCAAAAAUAUGGCACUGCAGGCCGUCGAUAUCAUACGCAUUGGCAUUAUGUUUCCCAUCUUCUCGCUGGCCUACAUACUGGCCCCAUACUCCGGCAUUGGCCAGACCAUGCGCAAGCCCUUCAUCAAGUUCAUCUGCCACAGCGCCUCGUACUUUACCUUUCUCUUUCUAUUGAUGCUGGCCUCCCAGCGCAUUGAGACCUUCAUUGGUGGCUGGUUCUUUGCCGAUGACUCGAACAUGAUGAACAAAGUGGAGGAGGUGCCCACGAAGCGGGGCGCCAAACCCACCUUUAUCGAGUGGCUCAUCCUGUCGUGGGUGAGUGGCCUCAUCUGGAGCGAGGUCAAGCAGCUCUGGGACGUGGGCUUGCAGGAAUACCUCAAUGAUAUGUGGAAUGUGAUCGAUUUUGUAACCAAUUCCCUUUACGUGGCUACAGUUGCACUCAGAGUGGUUUCCUUCUUUCAGGUGCAAAAGGAAAUGAUUUAUAAUUCGCAUGCCACCGAUUUGCCGCGUGAACGUUGGGAUGCCUGGGACCCGAUGCUCAUCUCGGAGGGUCUUUUCAGUGCGGCGAACAUUUUUAGUAGCCUCAAACUGGUAUACAUCUUCUCGGUGAAUCCACAUUUGGGGCCACUGCAAGUGUCGCUGUCACGCAUGGUCAUGGACAUUAUGAAGUUUUUCUUUCUCUAUGUCCUCGUGCUCUUUGCAUUUGGCAGUGGUCUUAAUCAGCUGUUAUGGUACUAUGCGGAUCUGGAAAAGAAACGCUGCCCUGAGGUCUCACCAAGCAGUGUGCUGCUCAAUAUGAAUGGCACCAAUGAUCCCAAUGCCUGCAUUGUAUGGCGUAGGUUCUCCAAUUUAUUUGAGACCACACAAACGCUCUUUUGGGCCGUGUUUGGUCUGAUCGAUUUGGACAGCUUCGAGUUGGAUGGCAUCAAAAUCUUUACCCGCUUUUGGGGCAUGCUAAUGUUUGGCACCUAUUCGGUGAUCAAUAUUGUUGUGCUGCUCAAUCUGCUCAUUGCCAUGAUGAAUCAUUCGUAUCAACUGAUUUCGGAACGUGCCGAUGUGGAGUGGAAAUUUGCACGCUCAAAGCUUUGGAUAAGUUACUUUGAGGAGGGUGGCACGUGUCCUCCACCAUUUAACAUUAUACCCACGCCAAAGUCCAUUUGGUAUGCCUGCAAGUGGAUGCGACGUGUUUUUUGCAGUGGCUCAUCGGCAGCUCGUAGAGAACAUCUGAAAACGAUACGGCGCAAAGCACAACAGGCUAGCGAUCGUGACUUUAAGUACCAGCAGAUCAUGCGGAAUCUGGUGCGUCGCUAUGUGACGGUGGAGCAGCGAAAGGCCGAGUCUCAGGGCGUCACCGAGGAUGAUGUGAAUGAGAUUAAACAGGAUAUAUCCGCGUUCCGCUGUGAGCUGGUUGAAAUACUCAAGAACAGUGGCAUGGACACGAAUGUAACUGCGGGACAAGGAGGUGGAGGCGGUGGCAAAAAGAAUCGACAGAAGGAACGUCGCCUGAUGAAGGGCUUCAAUAUUGCACCACCGGGCUCGACGGGUUCUUUGGCACCUGUGGCAGAGUUUUCUACAUCCUUGGACAACUAUGACAACCAGCACGAGAUACUGAGCUCAACCAUUUCCACACUCUUUACACCCAACUUUAUGCACAAGCGCCAGCAGAGUCAGCAGGCGGGUUGUGGGGGCUCCGAGUCACCCACAUCGCCCACACAGGGAACGGCUGCUGUGACGACUGGACCAAGUGGUCCAGUUACCAAGUACAAUAAGUCCGCCUUGAAGCCGUACAACAAGCGCAUAGCUGGACACAAGAAGCGAUGGGGCACACUCAUAGAAGCCGCCAAGGUGGGUAAUGUGAGCAAAAUGCUGGGACGCUCCAAGUCAGAGGAUUCGGUGUGCAAUACCUCGAAUAAUUCCACACCUGUGCAUGGACAGCUGCGGGUUACAUAUGCACAGAGCUCGCCACAGCAUGGCUAUGGCUAUCAUGGAGAGUCCAUGCCACCAGCGGCUGCAGCGGCUGCAGCGGCAGCAACACCAACGCCCACUGCCUCGAGCAAUCCAACACCCACACAUGUGGGCGUGGGUUCACAUUUCUUUCACACAACCAGCGGUCUGACUGCCAUCGCUGCCCUGAAGCGGAAGCGCAAAAAGUUUUCAUCCAGCAAGAACAUUUGUCCGGUCACAGAAUCGGUGGCUGCUGCCACGGCUGCUGCAGAGCUGCUGAACGAUAAGACCCUUAAGCGUGUGUCCAGCUAUCCGGCAGCCACUGCCGAGGGCGGAGUACAGCAUAAGGAUCCCGCCCAAUUGGUGAAGCCGCGACGACACGAGCAGACCCAAAGCCAGCACGAUUCGGUGGAGACGUCCACAUUUACGCUGUCCAUUGAUCCAUCCAAUACGUCGGUCAACUCGAGAGAGCCACUCAUCAGCACCAGCUGUGUCUCCACCAUGGGAGCCGUUGGCUGAGGGAACACUCGAAGGAAAAACUCAUCCAAUUGAGUUGAAUAUUGUCAGAGAUACCAAAGAUGUAGCAGCUAGCUAACUUAGAUAGCGCACCUGAUAUGCAGAUACCUAGAAGCAGAGAUGAUACAUAAGACAUAAACAGUCUGGCGCUAAACUAACCAAAAAACUUAAACCCAACACAGGCUAGAUGUUAAAUUACCUCACCACGGAUAUAGUCAUAGAAAUCGCAUACCAAAUAACAAACCAACACUCCAUAGCUGUUGGCCAUACAGCCAUAUAGCCCUGCAGCAUACUAACUACUCUGUAACUUUUCAUACAGCACCACUUACCUCACUACUACUAAUCUCACUCUAUGCCGUCAUAUUGAAAGUUCAAAGAAUUCUCCCACUCAAUAACCAUGUUCCAACACUGCUUGUCAGUGUUGUCAGCUUGUCCAACACUAAACCUAAAUCGUCACCUGAGACUCUAUAUCCAGCACCCACAAACACACAUAUCAUAUGAUCGCUUUAUAGAGAAACCUUUACAGGAAAACAACAACAAGAGUCACUCGAAAUCGAGUUGCAUACAAAAAUCCCUUUACCAAAUACAAAAAUACAAAAAUACAAAUAUGAAAUACGAAUUAAACUACAACUAAAACUAUCCCAUAUCGAUGUUGAACCGUUGCCUUAGCAUGAAACAUAUUUUUUAUACACAUAAGUUUUGGAUGAACAUUGAAUUAACGUAUUGUACUCGGAACUGAGGGAAGCGCGCGCUGUGUAUUUGUUGAUUUGAGAUAAUGGAUUAAAGCCAAGGAUUUGUAAUUGUUCAAGCAAGCAAGCAGUAAAGUAAAGUAAAUAAAUCAAGAUAUGUACCACAAAUUUUAUACACCGAUUUUAACCAA